GGUGAAGAAAAGGAUAACAUCCCCGCGCUCCUAUUCUCAACCUGACAACUCUUAUCUCCUUCACUUCUCUUCUACUGCUAAUUAAAAGACACAGCUACUUAGCUUCUAAGCACUUGCUCUUUUAGUACAAGAAUACACACUGUCUUGAAAUCCUAUGUUAAAAGAAACAAAGAAAAGUUUUGUUCUCUUCCUUUAAGGACUUGGAACUUUCCUUAUACACAGCAUCCAACGCAGGUAAAGAUUGUUGAAAAUGGAAAAUGGAAUUGAUAGAGUUGUCGAUGCGACGCAAUUAGAAAACAACAUCAAUGUUAACACUGAAGUUUCUAGGGAUAAGGUGGAGGAUAAAUAUGAGGUUUUGGGUGGCGCGGUGGAGGGAACAAAUGAGUUGUUGGGGGAUAAGGUAGAGGAGAAGGUUGCGGUGGCGUCCAGUGAAUCGAAGGAUUUGGAAGAUGAGGUUUUUGUGGAGGCACUUGAGUCAACCGAGAAAUUGCAUGAAGAGGGAGUGAAGUUUGAGUCAGAUGGUGGUGUUGAGAGUGUUGGUGACUCGAGUUUGGUGGUUGGGAAUGCAAAUUUGGAUGUGGGAAAUGAAAUGGAGAAAUUUGAGGCACAUGAGUCAGAAGGUGGUGAUUCUGGUUCAGUAGUUGUCAUUGAGAAAUCAGAUGUAGGAAGUAUGAUGGACAAAUUUGAAGAGCCGGUUUUUGUUCCUGCUGAGCCUGGGAAUCCCGAGGGGUUGACUGAGGUGGUUGGUGAAGAGAAGGUGGUGGAUUCGGUAGGUGGAGAGAGUGUCCGUAAGAUUGACGAGGGAGGGACUGUUGUGGAAGUGGAGGGCAGUGUGUUGAAUGGAGGGGAGGUUGUUUCAGUUGAGCUUCAAGACAGAAAAGGUGAAGGACUUCAUGAGAAUCCGGUGAAAGUUGAUACAGAAGACCAGGAUGACAAAAGUGGGGAAUUGAUAGGGGAUUCAGCUGGCCUUGAUUCGGAGGAUGGGAUUCACAAGGGUGGGCAUCCAAAGGGCAUUUCAGCAACUGUUGAUACAGAACACGGAGAUACCAGCAAUGGAGACUUGAAAGAUACUAUAGCUUCAGUGGAUCCAGAGCAUCAUGAGGAAACUCCUGAACUGACAGCUGCUUCAGCUGUCCCACAUACAGCCCUGGAAGAAUCAACGGUGGUAGCGGAAACCGGAAGCUUAAAUUCUUUAGAUAAGUUUGUGAAUGAGAAAAAUGAAGACAUUCAGGCAGAUACUGCUAAUUUGAGAGCAGAGGAUAACAAGGAUUCUGAACCAGAGCAUGCUGCUGAAAAAGGUAAUGAUGCUGGCCAGAACAAUAUUGUGUCUGGGCACCCUGAAAGGAUUGCAGAAACAUAUCCAGAGAAGCAAAACACUCCAGUAAAUAAAGAAGGUGAAAGGCACCCUGAACCUAAGCUUGCCUCUUUAUCUGGAAAAUCUUUGCGUCCUCCCUCCCUUUCCCAUCCAGCUGGCCUUGGGCGUGCUGCCCCACUCCUGGAACCUGCAACUAGGGCAAUGCAGCAGUUGCGUGCUAAUGGAGCCAUGUCUCAUAUGCGCCCUCAACAGCUUGAUGACCCUACUGAUGGGGAGUCAGAGGAGCACGAUGAGACUCAUGAAAAACUCAAGAUGAUUAGGGUGAAAUUUUUGCGUCUAGUGCAUAGGCUUGGAUUGGCUCCCAAUGAAACUGUUGUGGCACAGGUUUUAUACAGAUUGGGAAUCGUUGAGCAGCUGCGAGGGAGAAAUCGGGGUCGCAUUGGCACCUUAAGUUUUGAUCCUGCAAGUGCCAUGGCAGGACAGCUUGAGGCAGAUGGGCAGGAACCCCUUGAUUUCUCCUGCACAAUUAUGGUUCUUGGAAAGACUGGGGUUGGAAAAAGUGCCACUAUCAAUUCAAUAUUUGAUGAAGCAAAGCUCCCCACCAAUGCUUUUCAAUCUGGUACAAAAAUGGUUCAGGAUGUUGUGGGAACUGUUCAGGGGAUCAAGUUACGGGUCAUUGACACACCAGGCCUCCUUCCUUCCGGGUCUGACCAGCGACAGAAUGAGAAAAUCCUUCUCUCAGUGAAAAACUUUAUCAAGAAAACUCCUCCAGAUAUUGUGUUGUAUUUUGAUAGGUUGGACAUGCAGAGCAAGGAUUUUGGUGAUCUGCCCCUGUUGCGAACCGUCACCAAGAUAUUCGGUCCAUCUAUAUGGCAAAAUGCAAUUGUUGUCCUCAGUCAUGCUGCUUCUGCUCCACCUGAUAGUCCACAAGGUACCGUUUCAAGUUAUGAAAUGUUUGUAACUCAACGUUCUCAUGUUGUUCAACAAACAAUUCGUCAGGCAGCAGGUGAUAUGUGGCUUGUAAAUCCCGUUUCAUUAGUUGAGAAUCACUCUGCGUGUAGAAGAAAUAGGGCAGGGCAUAGAGUGUUGCCUAAUGGUCAGGUUUGGAAGCCUCAAUUGUUGCUACUUUCCUUUGCAUCAAAAAUCCUCGCUGAAGCAAACGCUAUAUUGAAGGUGCAAGAUGGUCCACCUAGGAAGCAAUUUGCAACUCGGUCAAGAGCUCCUCCUUUACCAUACCUGCUGUCAUCUCUUCUCCGGUCAAGACCACAAGUUAAGCUACCUGAGGAACAGUUUGGUGAUGAGGAUGGUUUAGAUGAUGAUUUGGACGAGUCAUUGGAUUCUGAGGAUGAGUCUGAAUAUGAUGAUUUACCACCAUUUAAAAGUUUAACAAAAGCCCAGGUGGCAAAGCUUACUAAAGCUCAGAAGAAUGCAUAUUUUGAUGAGUUAGAGUACAGGGAGAAACUUUUUAUGAAGAAACAGUUGAAGGAAGAGAAAAGGCAACAAAGGAUGAUGAAGAAAACUGCAGUGGCAACCAAUCCUCUGCCUGGUGACUACAGUGAAAAUGCAGAAGAAGAAAGUGAAGGGCCUGCAUCUGUGCCCGUUCCCAUGCCAGAUUUAUCCUUACCUGCUUCUUUUGACUCUGAUAAUCCUUCCCACCGGUACCGUUAUCUUGAUAACUCCAAUCAGUGGCUUGUAAGGCCAGUUCUUGAUACACAUGGUUGGGAUCAUGAUGUUGGCUAUGAAGGUAUAAAUGUGGAGAGAUUAUUUGUAGUUAAAGACAAGAUUCCUGUAUCCUUUUCUGGCCAGGUAACGAAGGACAAGAAGGAUGCCAAUGUUCAAAUGGAAUUAGCAAGUUCUAUAAAGCAUGGGGAAGGGAAAUCAACUUCACUAGGUUUUGAUAUGCAGACUUUAGGGAAGGACUUGGGCUAUACUUUACACAGUGAGACAAGGUUCAUUAAUUUCAGGAAGAACAAGGCAACUGCUGGUCUUUCGGUUACUCUAUUGGGUGAUGCCUUAUCAGCUGGAGUGAAAGUUGAGGACAAGUUGAUUGCUAAUAAGCGGUUCCAAAUGGUCAUGUCUGGUGGUGCAAUGACUGGUCGUGGUGAUGUAGCAUAUGGUGGUAGUCUGGAGGCCCAACUGAGAGAUGAAGAUUAUCCCCUGGGUCGUUCGCUAUCCACUCUUGGACUCUCUGUUGUAGAUUGGCAUGGAGUUCUAGCAAUUGGUUGCAAUAUACAAUCUCAGGUUCCUAUUGGAAGGUCUACAAACUUGAUUGCCCGUGCCAAUUUGAAUAACAAGGGUGCAGGACAACUCAGUAUUCGCAUAAAUAGUUCAGAACACCUCCAAAUAGCUUUGGCAGGUCUCAUUCCUCUAUUGAGGAAGCUUUUUGAUUAUCAUGAAGAAAUGCAGCUUGGACAAUGAAGAAAACUGGGCACUUCUUUUCCUGCAGUAGCCAAGCUGUGACAGGAAACGCCUUAGUUCGCUACGUUGGGAUGGUCAUUUAUAAGAAUGAGCAAACCUAAGCUUUUCUUUUUGUACUCUCCUUUUUCUGCCGUUGUAUUUCAACAUCGCGUUACCUUGAUAACAUUCAUUGUAGCAGUUUUGUUAGAUAUUUUCAUACGGUGAUUUUUGUUCCCUCUACACCACCGAGCCAAACAAUGUUUCUUGUUCACUCGUGCCUCUGUCAAGCUAUUUAUUCCUUCUA